GUUCGCGCCCGCGUCGCUCCCACGCCCCGAAAUCUCCAAUCCAGCCGUCAACAGUAAUUCUACGCAGCGCGACGGGCCCGCCAUGGCUCCUGUGCCGUAUUUCUUCAAGGAGACGCGCAUAAGCCUAGAACCGUCUACCACCGCCUACAGCGUCGACAUCAAGCUCCCUACCUCUAAUUCGCAAGGAUGGAGCCAGCGACAGCCCGCGAAAUCGGCCAAGGCCGCCGCGAGGAACGACGCCUCAAGAGCGACGGCGUCCGCUAUUUACUACAGGAAAUAUCAUAGCUUCCCGAGGGCCUUCCUCUGGAGAGUCUUGGGCGGCGAUAACACCAUCUUAAGCAUACGGACGGCCGAUAUCUACAAGCCGAAGAAGGCAUCCGAUGCCAACCUUAUCUUGAAUUUUCACUUCUACCAUCCCAUCCGACCUACCUGCAUCGCCCUCUCAGACGCCCCCGAUCACGACGCCGUCAGCGUCUUCGUGCUCGACACCGCGAAUCAGCUCUACACCCUCUUUCUGCGGCCUGACUCCUUUCGCAAGCGCUCCUUCGUCGAGACGGGACUGGGGGAUGCUUGCCGUAUCUACCAGCCCAAUGCUUUCCGCAACUUCAAACACCCCUACCGGCUCAUCGCCGUCAAUAGCGAUCAGCUGGUCGUCACCACUUCAGACGGCGGCCACGUCCGGUAUGACAGAAACACAACACACAAUGUCUCUCACCCGCCCUGGAAGGAGACGUUCUAUAAUGCAAAGGGUUGGUUUCGGAGCAUCCUCGGGGGCCGAGGUGAUAUGGACAUCAAGGCCGCCGCCUCCGCGGUCCACACCGAUCUGGGGCUCGACGACGCCUCGUUUCUCUUCACUGUCUGCCUCGACCACCACCUGCGUGUCUGGAAUCUGAAUAGCGGGCAGAUUCUCGGCACCAUGGACUUGCUGGAUGCCGAGCGGGACCCGCAGGAGACGGGAAAGUGGCAGCUCGAUGCGUCACAGACGAACUUGAUGCAGAUCGCGGGUAGCAUUGAAGGGAAACGACUCUGCGUGACGUAUUCUCCCAUCGGUUCUGGAGAGUUCAAGUUCUGGUUGCUGCAAUCUAACCACGCGAAUUCUGUCGACGUAACUGUUACCUUCUCUACAGAGCGCUUCAUCCCUACACCGCCUCUGGGGUCGGACGUCUGGACUCUCGCAGAUUUCAGGGUCAUAGAAUGCUCGCCGUCCGACGGGUACCGGUUGUGGCUUCUGUGGAAGAACAACAUGGCAUACCGAGUACAGGAGCUAUCGUUCAAGGCAGAUAACCUCCCGGAGGCGUGGCAGCAUGGCUGGAGAUCCGUGUUUUCUGACACAGUCAUACCGACGGCGCAAGCAUCUAGCCCGUCGGAUCCUGUCGACCCCACCGAAAGGUGGUUACAGCUUAUUCUCUUCCCGGGGAGGUUUCCAAGAGCAACCAUCGAAGCCGCGAUAGCAGCUUACGAAGGCGUGGUGGGAAGACAGGGUGGCGGUUCAUCUCGUAACGGCCAGGGCCUUGCGGAGUCGAUUUGCUCCGCCAUCGCAGCAACCGCAUCUCUGAACAAAACCUCGUCUGGCGACAUGGAGCACGAACAAUUCAGAGCCUCCAGCGAAACGCAGUGGCGAAAGUUUUACCGGAUCCUACUUGAGCUCGACAAGCCAAGGGGCGAGGCCUUGACCCUGUCGUAUGAAUCGGAAUCGGGGAUUCCGUGGGUCGUAUGCGCCGAUAGCAUCUCCGCCAUCCGGGAAUGCAGCGAGCUGGAACAGAUAUGCCACAACCCGACCUCGAGGUUCCAGGGUUCCAACGAGGGCCCGUCUCUCAUUACCUCCGGCCUCAACUUCCUCGACAGCUUUUCCGAUAGCAUGCUGCAGAUCUGCCGCUCCGUCCUGCGCUCCGAGAUGUUCGAGGAGUCGCCCAAGACGGACCAAGAACGCAUACAGUUCUUCUCGGACAAGGCAGGAUUCUGGCGCCAGAUAUCCGACGAAGACUGUGCUCAGGUGACCGACGUGCUCGGCCCAAACUUCAAUCUGGUGACGACUAACCUUUACGAGCGCCUGCUUGAAGUCUGCGACGAGACCUGGGAUGCCGAGCACCCGACGGAGCAUCCUCUCACCGAGUUCGGGCGGAGGAUUAUCGUCAGGGCAGUCCAAGAUAUGGCCGAGCUCCAAUGGAACGUCUGCUUCAGCCAGUUGAUUCUCCUAGUUCACAUGGAGUUCGAAUUCGACCGCCCCGAGGAUGCUCUUCAUAACAGGGUAGAGAUCGGCGUAGUAUACCGCAACCUGCUGACGUACCUACGGAGAUUAGAACUCGUCCGGUGGCUUGCCAACACCCAGAUAUCGGCGCCGCUCCCCAAGGCAGACAGGCCCAGCUCGGUGUCCGGCAACUCCCCGGUUGCCCCGAAGCGACAAGUCGAUGAUCACAGGGUCAUCACGGCGCUCGAAGGCAAUGUGGGACACCUUCUGGGGUUGCCCGAGCUCGACUCGGCCGUCUCGGAGACGAUGCCGGCGAUUAUCACGAGCAUCGUGGUUGAUCUUUGUGCUCCUAGUAGUAACAUCGAGCUGCAACCUCAGUACAUCCAGUGCGGCCUGCUCGUCAGAGACCGACCCGAUCUUGCCGCCGAGCUGAACCCCUUUUGCAAGGAGGAUCCGUUCUCAACCUAUGUGCAGGGCCGCGUUCACCUCGCUCUGAAGGACUACACAUCCGCGUCAACAUAUUUCAAGAAGGCGGCAUACGGAAUGAGUGUACCUCAAGCGGAACCCGACAAGCACAGCAGCGGCCUCCUCGACGAGACCGAGUGGAACCUGCUAUUCGCGGGACUGCCACGCUACUACGCCCACAUCGUGGCCCUGUUCGAACAGCACAAGGCGUAUUCGUACGUGAUAGACUUCUCGCGCCUGGCGCUCCAGUUCGUGAACAGCAGGACCGAGGACGCGGAGAAGGCGCGGACGGAGAUCCAGUGCCGGCUCUUCAGCGGGGCGAUCGCGACGUCGCAGUUCGAGCUGGCGCACGCGACGCUGGUGGCGAUGAAGGACCGGGCGCUGCAGAUGUCGUGCCUGCGGGCGCUGAUCCAGCGCAUGUGCGACAACCUGCACAACGCCGAGUUCGUGGCGCUGCCGUUCCCGGGGCUGCAGGGGGCCGUCGACGACGUGCUGGCGCAGCACUGCCGCGACGCGGCCGACGUGGUGACGGGCGUGCCGUACCACCAGAUCCUGUACGCGUGGCGCGUGCGGCGCAACGACUACCGCGGCGCCGCCGCCGUCCUGCUCGACCGCAUCCACAAGCUGCGCCAGCUCGGCGAGGGCGACCAGGUCGCCGGCGACGACAUGCUCGACACCGCCGUCACCCGCCAGUACCUCAUGCUCAUCAACGUGCUGAGCUGCGUCGAGCCGAAGCAGGCCUGGAUCACGACCGAGGCCGGCGGCUCCGCGCGAACUGCAAUCGUCGCCGCGGCCGCCGCCGCCGCCAACGCGAAAGACGCCAAGGACGACGCUGCUGCUGCUGCUGCUGCUGCCGCCGCCGCCCCCGUCGUGGAGAAGCGCAAGGUCGUCACCCUCGCCGACAUCCGGAAGGAGUACCAGGACGAGCUCGACCGCAUCGCCGCGAUCCACAACAACCAGUUCGGGUUCGCGGCCGACGACGAGAUGGAGAUCUUGUGAGAUAACGAUUAGAUAAGAUUUAUAAUAUAGCGCCGUGCCGUGCCGUGCCGCGGCGCCAUAUCAGGAACGGCGAUAGGUCAUAAUGUACGACUAUGCGGGAAGACUACUGGUACUACGACUGCGAGAUGAUACCUCCCGAAUUGUAACUACGCCUCGGGCUCAUGUUGUUAUUUUCUUCUUUUUUCCCUCUGCGUUAACACGGCGGGAAAAGGGAGGUAAGGGGGGGAGGGAAUACAAAUCUUAGAUGCAUUAACCCAAAGAAGGAAGAAAAAAAACUACGUGAUCCAUCGCGAGUAACGCCUUGGCUUUCUCCUUCUCUCUCCCUCCCUGUCUGCUUGGUCAUAACCGCAUGCUACAUAAAUUACAGAGACCAGUAAACGCCGUUUUGCCUCCAACGCUCGACCUGGGACUGGAAUAGGAUUGGGGUGAGGAAUGUACAGUGGGUCGGAUCGGAUU